AUGGAAACAGUUUUACUUCAGGCCAUGGCCGGCAUAGACAGCGCUGCGGUUGUUCUUUCCGGGCCAAACGGGUCUGGAAAAACAGAGCUGGCAAGAAAAGCUGCCAGGGACGCUGGGCGCACCCUGGUGGAGAUAGACGGCAUGGACGAGUACAAGGUCCACAGGCUGAGCAAGAAGACAGUGUAUCUGCUGCGGGUGGGCGAGCACACUCGGGUCAGGCCCGGGUCCUAUGCUGGAAUUGUGUUCGAGACCGAGAAUGCAUACUUUUUUCGCAAAGUGCAGAACUGCGUGCACAUAAAGGUGCCCCCGCCAGGCCUGCGGGCCAUCAAAAAGGUGUGCCCCUCUGCAAGGCACAAGACAAGCAUGCACCGGGUGCUUGAGGCUGCGCAGAUGCCGGACAGCCUGCAUGGGCUGCUGCUGGAGCACGAGCCCGCAGGAAUAGCUCUGUUUCACCUUGUUGGAAAAAUACUGUACCACAAAACAGAAAGCAUUCCGCCAGAGGUUCUCCAGGCGGCGGAGGCCUGCCCGCUCAAGGUUCUUCUGUACCUACACGAGAACGUGCCGGCGUUUGCAACGGGAGUGCACGCGCUGAGCAGUGUGCUCGACCGCGUCUCUCUGGUGGCAAACGACCUUGGGCUGAUAUGUGCUCUGAUCACGGAAAUAUGGAGGCUAGACAAAAGUGCGCCCAAAAGAUUCUACCAAAUGCGCACGUCUCCGUAUGCCUUGGGGUAG